CAUCUUCUCUAAUAGACCCUGGGAACUGUUCCUUCUUACUGAAAUCAAAACCCUAAUUGCUGCCACCAACUCCUCUUGACUUUCUGUAAUGGCUGUAUCUUACCAAUCUCUUAUCUACACAUCUCCUUUCGCGAACCCUUCAAAGAUCAAGAUCACCACCUCUUCUCUAUCUCUCUCUACAAGAUGCAACCUUUCUGCCAUUUCCACCACUUUGUUAGUCGAACCCGAACCCGUCUUUACAACAGUCAAAUCAUUCGCUCCGGCCACCGUUGCUAACCUUGGCCCAGGCUUCGACUUCCUGGGUUGCGCCGUUGAUGGAAUCGGCGAUUACGUUACCCUCUCUGUCGAUCCUGACGUUCAACCCGGCCAGAUCUCAAUCUCUAAAAUUGACGGUAUUGGAAACUCAGGCAAAAAACUCAGCAAAGAUCCUCUAUGGAACUGCGCCGGAAUAGCCGCCAUUUCCGUAAUGAAGAUGCUCAACAUCCGAUCAGUCGGAUUAUCCCUCUCACUUGAGAAAGGUUUGCCGCUAGGUAGUGGACUAGGUUCCAGCGCCGCCAGCGCUGCCGCCGCCGCCGUCGCGGUAAAUGAAAUAUUUGGCGGGCGGCUAUCGGCUUCCGAUCUGGUACUUGCAGGGCUGGAAUCGGAAUCCAAAGUCUCUGGUUAUCAUGCAGACAAUAUAGCCCCAGCUAUAAUGGGUGGGUUCGUCUUAAUUAGAAGCUACGAUCCAUUGGAAUUGAUUCCACUUCGAUUCCCAAAUGAUAAAGACUUGUUCUUUGUGCUUGUGAACCCUGAAUUCGAAGCUCCGACGAAGAAGAUGAGAGCGGCAUUACCGAAAGAAAUAUCAAUGUCGCAUCAUACAUGGAAUAGCAGUCAAGCUGGGGCGUUGGUUGCAGCAAUCUUGGAAGGAGAUGUGAAGAGAUUAGGGUUGGCUUUAUCGUCAGAUAGGAUAGUUGAACCAACUAGGGCUCCUCUGAUUCCGGGUAUGGAAGGGGUGAAGAAGGCUGCCAUUAAAGCAGGGGCAUUUGGAUGCACGAUCAGUGGCGCCGGACCGACUGCUGUUGCAGUGAUUGACAAUGAAGAGAAGGGUCGGGAAAUUGGAGAGAAAAUGGUGGAAGCUUUUAUGAAGGAGGGCAAUUUGAGAUCCAAUUCUGUGGUAAGAAAGCUCGACAGGAUCGGUGCUAGGCUUGUUAGUAGCUCUAGUAAGUAAGUGUGUUAAAGAAGAGAUGAUGAAGAUCAUGUUGAUCAAUUUCUAUGGAUUAUGAAUAAUAAUAACAUCAAUGAAUGAAUGAAUUUGGGGGAUUUUUGUUUGAUAUCC